AUGCUCUCCAAAUUUGUAGUAGUUGAAGUGAGUAAUACGAACAAUACAAUGGCACUUGUGGAAUACUUGGUAACACAUGGAUUCGAUAAGUUUGCAGUUGUGACUGAUUUAAUGGAUCAUCCCUCUUUCAAAUAUAAAGAUGGAUCAUCAAGUCCUGAAUCACCUUCAACGACAGUAUCAACAGCAGCUCAACAUACACCUCCAAGAACUGCAGUUUCAACCCCAACCUCAAUAAGUGCCCCCGUUCCUCCACAUAACAACACACCGAGAGCAUCAAUUGAGUCGAUAGCGAAAGCAUUGUCAACGAAGAAGAAGAAGGAACAAGACCGACAGCAAGCUGAAAUUCAUCGAAUUCUUCUGCAACAGGCUGCUCAUCUCAAUACAUUCGGAAUCGAACGAAUGACACCAGAAUAUGAUGAUAAUCAACAUAGCGAGACGAUAUCAGAAGCCAGUUCAGAAGACUUGAAAGCUGAAACAGAUUCAUCAGAUUUCGGAUUGGGAACCAGUGAUGAGCAAGUCCGUGCUUCAAUGAUUCACCUUCUCAAUCCAGCUUUUGGGUCCGCUUUCGGACUUCUUGAUACUGAAGCAAUGUUUGGAACACCAUCAACACCAACCUCUGGAACAAAGAGACGAUCGAGAUGGAAUCUUCUGAGACAUGUUAUUAUGAGCCAUUCAGAUGCCAAAUCAUACAAGUGCUGGGAUUGUGACUUCACUGGAAUCAAAUCGAACGUAAUUUCCCAUGCCAGACAAUGCCGACACCGUGCCGACGAUGCCCACGAUAUUACAACCGACGAGAUGCGUGCCGAAUGGAACCUCCGACUCCACGAAUGCUUCCCAGACUAUGUGCGUGCUAAGGAACGUGGAUGGCAGCCAGAGGAGUCUCCAGAAAAGAAACCAGACGAAGAAUCACCAGUGAAGACUGUCGCGACAUUAAUAGCCUCAGCUAUAUUGUCGCAACUGGUACAAUCUAGAUCGUAG